UUUUUAGUUGAUCCAAAAUGAGCCAGUCAAAAUCGAAGCCACCAGCUUCGAUUGAGAAAUGGACCACAGAAGACGUCCACCAGUGGCUUAUGACAGUUGUCAAAGUUCAUCAGAGUUGUGCAGACAAGUUCUCUGAGGAGGAAGUCCUAGGAGAGAGUUUGCUUUUUUUUGAAAAGACAGACAUUUUGGACUUGGGAUUAAAACAUGGUCCUGCUGUGAAAAUCACAUCAUUUCUAGAAAGUCUGAAAGCAGGAUCCAACCAUCAGUCACAGCUGCCAGCAUAUGUGGAGAAAUGGACAAAGGAGCAGGUGAACCAGUGGUUACUGCAGCAUGUGAACGUGUACAGCAAAUAUGCAGCACGACUCCUAGAGGAGGACGUGUCUGGAGAUUGCCUUGUUUGCUUCAAGAAGCAGGAUCUUCUGGAUCUAGGUGUGAAAAGUGGCCCUGCUGUAAAGAUUCUGGGAGAGCUCCGCCAGUUGAACAACAAACCAGAGCCAACGUUGCAACCCAUCCUUCACACCAGCAACCAGACAGAAGCUACAAAACCCACUCACUCUGAACUAAGUUUGGCUCAGAUGACAGAAAUCCAUCAACCAGAGUCAUCUGACAAAACUGAACCAAAGAGAGUUGAAGUGGUGGAAAAUGAACCCAAACAGGCUCAGCUGCUGUCUGGUAAAGCUUCAAAAGAGGAGGAAAUUCAACAGCCACAGCCACAGAACGUGGGGAGGAAGAAACAAACACCUGUUGUGACUACAGUUGGACCAAAAAUAUCUGCGAUAAUGACAGCGGAGAUCCAGAAAACCCUCGACAACCUUUCAGAAGUUGACCUGAAACAAUUUCAUUUCAACUUACGAAUAAACACGACAUCCAGCCAGACACCUAUUCCUCAGCGUAAACUGGCGAGCAAGGACACCAUGGACACCGCUAGCUUACUGAUUGCUCACUAUGGACACAUGGAGGCGCUACAGGUCACAAUACAAACCCUCAGAGACAUCAAUCAGAACAACCUUGCCUGCGAGCUAGAAAAGGACACAAGUCGACUGAAGCAGCACUGUCCUCCAACAAAAGGUGGAAAGAAAGAAGCAAACCAGGGAGAAAAACUGAAGGCUUUGUUAACUUGUGGUGGAAACUCACUUGACAACUACGACAGCUUUGUUGUUGUUGUAAACAAGAGCAGUCUAGAACAAGUACAGUAUCUGCAGUUUCUGAGUAAGUUGAAAUUGUUCUGUGUGUUAGACUUUGAUCCAAACUCUGCUGCUUCAGGUGGACUGUGCCAUUCAUACAGACAGUCCAGGGUGGCUAAUCUGCAUACCGCAACACAGUUUCAAGGACAGACUGAGUCAGUGAUAAAGAGUCUCAACCUCUACAAACAGACCAGCUGGGUCUUCUGUAAUGGCCGACAGGACGUCGACAGCGAUUCCAACAAGGAGCUGGAUUACAGGAACUGGUUGAGGAAGUGUUGCAGAGAUGUAGAACAGCUGGUUUCAUUCAUCUGCAACCCCGAAGUUCUUCUCCGUGGAAGAUGUCUGAUCAUAUUCCUCCUGCUUUCACCGGUGGACACUGAGAAAGACCCGAUGUUUGAUAUCUACAGGUCUUUCAUAAAGCACAUUGUGGAGGAAAAUGUCAUCACUAUCUGUGAAUGUCAGAGCACAUAUCUGAAAUGGAGGAAACUCAUACUAGAAAAGUGUGACUUUGACAUUGACCAUCUGUCCAUAAGUGAACUCACCCUGAGUGAGAUCAACGGUACCAUCAUGGGGCUGGGACCACUAAGUCGGUCAUCUGGAAGACUGCUUCCCUCCUCUGGAGCUAGCACUGUGAUCCUCAAACAAAAGGAUGAAGAUCUACUGACAGCUCUCGAUGUGUUGUGUAUAAAUCAAUGUGAAAAAAUGUAUGAUGAAAACAGUUCAGAGUUUCAUGAAUUCAGGAUCAAAGUUGAGGAGGAAUUCUACAGAGGAGGCAAAGUCAAGUGGUGGAACUUCUACUUCUGUGACACAGACAAAGAGAAGCUGUUUGUCAAGAGGGAAAAGUAUAAAAAUGUGAAGGGGAUGAUCAGAUCUCAGCGGAGAGAUUCAAACAUCUGCGUUCUGCUCAACCUGUUUCACCAUGCAGGUUGUGGCGGUACCACCUUAGCGAUGCAUGUGAUGUGGGAUCUCCGGCGAGAGUUCAGAUGUGCUGUGCUGAAAGACAAAACGCUGCCCAAAACAGAAGUGGCCACCCAAGUUCUUAAACUGAUGAAACUUGAAAGUGACAAACCAUCUCCAGUUCUGCUGUUGGUUGAUGAUUCAAAAGAAACAGAAAAUCCUAAUGAUCUUGUGAACUGCAUACGUAAUGCUGCAAUGGAGGACAACUUCAACCUAAACGUAGAUGAUGCACCAAACUGCAAAGUCAUCAUCCUGAACUGCGUUCGUUCUCAUAGUCCAAAGGAACAAUACAGACAGCACAACCAAACACAAAACCAAUACAUCACUACUUCACUGACCCAAGAAGAACAAAGAGAUUUUGAAAAGAAACUGAAAGAGCUCAAAGAAACUCAUGAAAAACCUGAAAACUUUUACAGCUUUAUGAUCAUGAAGAGUAACUUUGACCACAAGUACAUCGACGGUGUUGCUCAUAACACGUUGGAGAACUUUGAUCGCAGCACAAAGGAGGCCAAACUGUUUGCCUUCCUAGCUCUACUGAACACAUAUGUGGCAGAAUCAGAAAUCGCUCUGUCUCUCUGUGAGGAUUUCUUUGGGAUGAAACUGAUCCGGCUGGAAGAGGAGAGUGUUCUUGACAGAAUGAAGCCAUUCUCAAACCUUCUCAUUGUAGACACAGUGGAAGAAUGGGGCGGAUACAAAGGAAUCCGAAUCCUUCAUCACACCAUAGCAUCUGCUUGUCUGGAUGAGUUGGAGAGAAGCUUCUCCCUGAAAGUGAGUGACAUUGCCAUGCAGAUGCUGCAUUACGAUCUGUUCUUCAGUUUUGGAGUUGUUAAACACAGACUGAUGCUCUCAAUUCAACGAAUGUUGAUUGAGAGACAACGGAAAAAAGAUGGCGAGGACAGAGAACUGUUUUCUCCUCUCAUAGAGAAAAUUCACAGCCAGCAGGGGAGACGAACCGUCCAAGAAAUCUUUGUGACAGCAUCAUCUCGGUUUGAGGAGAGUGCAUCUAUUCCUCAGGCAUUGGCGAGAUAUUUGUACAUCAAUGAGCGUGACUUCCCAGAGGCUUUGAAGUGGGCGGAAAAAGCCAAGAACAUUAAAGAUAACCCAUACACGUUCGACACAAUUGGACAAGUGCAUAAAAGCAAUUUGAAGUCUAACAUAGACAGAGAAAAGCAGGAGAAAUCACGCAAUCCAGAAGAUCUGCACACAAACAUUAAAAUAGCCACCAAUGGUAUGAAAGCAUUCCAGAGGGCUCAGGAGCUGGCAGACAUCGCAGAUGAACCUGAAGGUGACGACGACCAAGACUCAGAGGACUAUCCCAGGAAGUCAUACACCAUUUAUGGCUACGUCAACAUGCUGGAAAUGGCUUUCUUGGUCUUUGAGAUACUGAGCAGGUUGCCUUUCUUUGAGGAACGCAAUCCCAUGAAGAAAAUGUACUUGCAGAGUUUCCUCAGAGGAGCACUCAAAAUCACCAAUGUGCACAAAGAGGACAACGAGAUCAACAACAGAUAUGCAGAGAUCAUCAAAGAACACGAACCGUUUCUUGUCAAACUGAAAUCUGAAGCCAAAGAAAAUUUUGAACUCCUCGACCGUUACUUUGUUUACACAAAAGGAAACUCAGAAUUUGACAAAACAAAUCACAGAAAAGUCUGUGAACUGUUUAAGAAGUAUGUGGAUCUUUUUUGCACGACACCAGAGGACAUAAAAAAAGAACAAGAAAACAAAUCCCACCUCAAUUCGAAAAUAGAUAUCGAAGAACGUAAAUUGUUCCUUGAGAAGAACCAAGCAGAUACGUUCUCAGGAAUACUUCAGCACUUGAUUAAACCUGCUGAAGACAUGGAGAGGAUCACAGAGUGCUAUGCAUUCUUACAGCAAGAAACUGUCCAUCAAAAGCAAAACAUGCAAGUGAAAAUUAACUACAUUCUGUCCAGCAUUGUUCUUUACCAUCAGAAACCAAAAUCCAAACAUUUGAAGAAUACCAGACACCUCUCUGAUCUCCUGAGGGAAAUUCUGCAGCAUGUUGGACUGUGGUACUCCUUCCCUGACCCAUACUACCUGGCUCUGCUGUUGUUCUGGCCGAGUCCAACUGAGCAGAACACAGAAAUCAGUAAAUAUGUGAUUGCGAUCCGAAAGUCAUCCCAGAAGCAUCUGUCCAAGCUGUUUCGUAAGAGAAGCACGAUUGCCUACUUCUAUUUAGGAAAAGAACAAGGACUCAAGAGGCUUGUCUCAAAGUCCAAACUGGACAGGAGUUUUCUGCCUAAAAUACCUCCUGAUACGUUGACACAACUGUGGUGGAAUGGAGACAUAUUUAAGGAAGAAGUGAUCAUCAGCUGCCUUUACCGAGUCAGUGGAACCAUCGAACAGGGAGAGGUGUACGCAAACUAUGGUGCCCUGAAAAUCCCGGUGCGUCCGGCUCGCAUCAGUGGAAUCAGAAGUGGUUUCAGCACAGAAAAGGUCUCCUUCUACCUUGGAUUUGCCAUUAAUGGACCACUCGCAUAUGAUAUUAAAUAUGAAAACUAGAGAGAAGACAUGAAGGAACAAGAGAGCCAAGAAAAUGAACUGAAAUAAAUCUGAAAACCAGGAUGUAGUACAGCACGAAAAACUAGCAGGGUAGAUGAUGAUACUGCGAUUAGUUCCUGGCUGUAUGUUUGGUUUGUAUUUGUGUGUUAAUGCAUUCUAUUAAAUGAUGAUUUCUAUACACUCUGUGGAGAGAUGAUUUGUGUGUUUCGUUGAUGCAGACUGUUCCAGUUCUGCUUAGUGCAAACGGCAGGGACAGUGAAACACUGAAACAACUUAAAGAUGAAAUAUCAUGUGAGGAACAAGUGAAGUCACUGCUUUUCCGUCAAAGAACAUUUGAAUAAUGAUGACGGAGAGGUGACAGUGAUGGGAUGGAUUCAUAUUUUGUUCUACAGAAAAAUGUCACUGUAGAGGUUUUCUGAGCUCUAAAUUCAUUGUAUAUUACAGUAAAAUAUAUCAUAUUUCUGUACAGACUUUAGGUUGGAACAAGCCUUCAAAUUUCAGGUGUUUCAACCUUUACAUUGUGUUUGAAUAUCUGCACUUUUCCCUCAGCUCUGUGAUUUGCAUCAUCGCAUGUUAAUAACUCUCUCUUUGAAUAAGUCUGUGAUUGUGUAAUUCUAACAGGGAGCGAUGCAACAUCAUAUACUUGUACAACAGUAAUGUCUGUUUGUUUUCUGGUAAAAUGAGGCCUGUGUUGUAAAAUAGUUAUUUGCUGUUCACAUGAUUUCCAAUUUUUCCUUUUUUGCUAAAAACCACCAAUGUGAUUAUUGUACAAAUGCACAAUAAAAUUGUGUUUUGAGUAAUGUU